UCAAAACGCACAACGGACCCCUGCGUUUGGGCUGCGGCCCUGCUGCCUUUUCUCCCAUCGCCCCCUCCCACCUCGCCGCCCGCGUGAGCUCUCCCUCCCUCCCUCCUUCCCUCCCUCUCCGUGCCGCCGCCGACUGGGCGCCCGCGGCCGCCGCCGGACCCUUCGGCAGGCCCUCUUCUCCCCCCCUCGCCGGCGACGAGCACCACCAGGUGUACAUGUGUGCACCCAUGCCCUUAACUGCGCCCGCCCCUGCAAUUGCAACUGGUUUCCUGUGGAUUUGGCCGCCGGAGGAUUGAUGCAGCCUGUAGGAUUGCUGUAGAUUGGUUGCCAAAUUCGGAGGCUGAUCAGGUCAUGUUGGGGGAGCAGCGCAUGAUACUGGCCUUGGAAUCAGCUAGCUCAUCAAGCUCUGCCCCUGAUUUGAGUUUGACCCUCUCUGGAGAGCUUCCUUCUGUGAGUAGCAGGAACUGUGUGAUUCAGAGCCUGCAGGUGGGGUGGGCGCAGAAGGGAGGUGGGCAGGUGGUGGAGGGUCUGGUGAAUUGUUACAGCAAGAAGAAGAAGAAGAAUAAUAAGAUCGGCGGUGGUGGUUCGUGGACUCCUGCAGCCAAAUCCUGGGCUUCUGAGAUGGAGGGUGCUGACGAGAGUGGUGAAGUUGAAGUCAACACGGCCGAGCUCAUCGGUGUGAUUGGCCGGGAGUUGGCGAUUUCAUGCCUGCUCCGUCUUCCCCGGUCUUACUACUAUGAUGUGGCAUGUGUUAAUCGGUCUUUCUACUCCCUUGUGAGGUCCGGGGAGCUUUACAGGCUGAGGCGGGAGGCUGGGAUUGUCGAGCAGAUGAUCUACUGCUCGUGCAAUGUUCUCGAGUGGGAAGGAUUUGAUCCGUGCCGCCAACGGUGGUUCAGCAUCCCUUCCAUGCCUCCCAUAGAGUGCUUCACCCUUGCAGAUAAGGAGUCCCUGGCUGUGGGCACCAAUAUCCUCGUCUUUGGGAGGAGGGUGGAAGCCCAUGUUGUGCUGAGUUACAGCCUUCUGACUAACUCUUGGACGACAGGAGAGAUGAUGAACACACCGAGGUGCUUGUUUGGCUCGGCAAGCUUUGGUGAGAAGGCGAUUGUAGCUGGUGGUUUUGGUGAGAAUGGUGCGUUGAGCUCUGCUGAGCUUUAUGAUUCUGAGAUGCGGACAUGGACCACUCUCCCAAGCAUGAACAGGGCACGGCAGAUGUGCUCUGGUUUCUUCAUGGAUGACAAGUUCUAUGUCAUUGGUGGGAAAGCUGAGAAACACAAUGAGGUCCUCAGUUGUGCUGAGGAGUUUGAUUUGGAGAACGGCACCUGGCGGCUGAUCCCAGACAUGGCACAGGGCCUUAAUGGUGGAAGCGGUGCUCCUCCUCUUGUUGCUGUUGUGAAUAAUGAACUUUAUGCUGCUGACUAUGCAACGAAGGAGGUUAGAAAAUACGACAAGGAAAAUAAUGCCUGGAUCACUCUUGGACUGUUACCUGGGAGGUAUACAUCAGUUCAUGGCUGGGGCAUUGCUUUCCGUAGUUGUGGGAAUAUGCUCAUUGUAAUUGGUGCAAUGAGUGUUGGUGGUGGUGGGGUGAUUGAAAUUUGUUCCUGGGUACCCAAUAAUGAGCCGCCAGAUUGGAAGAUCAUUGGCACCCGCCGUUCCGGAAGCUUUGUGUACAAUUGUGCUGUGAUGAGUUGUUGACAUACCAGGGCUAUUACAUUAUCAACUGUACAUCUUGACCAAAAGGAAGGAUAAAGAAGGCAAAUUCUGCUGAGUCUGUUUACUCCUUGAUGGGUAACUUCUGCCCACUGGCAUUUUAGGCUAAGCUGAAGAUCCAAUAGAACUUCUCAUGUAGCUUCUUACUUGCUUAUGUCUAAUCUCUUCAUUUUAAUUCCAUUUGGAGGGCCUGCUUUCCGGAAAGUGGGACAUGCAGUGCAGUAUUAGAUUUAAUAAUUUGGUGCAGCCUCAAACAUUUUGAUCUUCCCUGGGUACCUUGAUCAAAGUUUUUUUUUCUUUUUAGCUCCAGAGAAUAGCCUUACAUUGGCAAAUCAUUUGCCCAUAGAUUGUAAGAAAUAAUAAAGGAAGGAAGAAAGAAAUAUGUCUCUGUUGACAAUUGUUGCCUUUCCCUUUGUUUUUCUUGGUUAAUUGUGACGGAGCAACUGUGAAUCAUUACCUUC